AAAACUUUUGUCUCAUAUCUAUUCUUCUUUGGUAUUGGAGGAUUUCUACACUUUAAAUACUAUGUUGGGAAGAAGGAUACCCCUGAGGAGUGGAAGUGCCAACCAAACAAAUGGUUGUCAGCAAAGGAAGAAAUCCACGAAAUUAUUGUUGGGUUGUUCUCACUAACAAUAGGAAGUAUUCUAUCAUCUUUCCUGGCUACCUGGGUUAUGAAUGGUGGAUAUACAACUAUUUAUUAUGAAUUUGGAAAGUAUGGAUAUCUGUGGUCAAUCUUGGAGCUUCCUAUUGCUUUCCUAUCUACGGAUUACAUCACCUACUGGUACCAUAGAGUCUACCACAUGCCGUUUCUGUACAAGCAUUUCCACAAGCUCCAUCACACAUACAAGCAGCCAACUGCUUUUUCAGUAACAGCUAUUCACCCGGUGGAGUUUUUAAGUAUUCAAGGUAUUUACAUCAUGCCCAUGUUUGUUAUUCCAAUUCAUGCAGCUGUUUACUGUGGUAUGCUGGGAUAUAUUUACUAUCAUGGAAUCAUCGAUCAUUCAGGAAUAACAUUCAAGAGGCUUUGGUUCCAGCCCUGGCAGCCUGAUUGUAUUUUCCAUGAUAAUCAUCAUCAGUACUUUCAUGUCAACUUCGGGUUCAACGUAGAACUAUGGGAUAAGUUGCAUGGAACAGCUAGACAGAAGGAUAAAAUCUACAGGGAGGAUAUAUUCUACGGAACAGGGAAGGAUAUAUCGGAGGCUACCAGAGAAGAACUGAUGGAAGAUGUGAGAGAGAGAGAAGAUGAAAAUCCUUUGGCUUAUCAGAACAAUAAACAUAAAUUCAUUUAGAUAUUCAUUGGCUUAUCAGAACAAUAAACAUAAAUUCAUUUAGAUAUUCAUUGGCUUAUCAGAACAAUAAACAUAAAUUCAUUUAGAUAUUCAUUGGCUUAUCAGAACAAUAAACAUAAAUUCAUUUAGAUAUUCAUUGGCUUAUCAGAACAAUAAACAUAAAUUCAUUUA